UUGCCUUGUGGCUGCCGCUGCUGACUCGUGAACGGUAUGUGCAAAGAAGAGUUUUGUGCCAAUAACAUUGGAGUUUUGCUUGUUUCUGUGUGAUGUGGUGUGUCGAAGUAAGCUUUUCUGGCUGCGACAUGGGUGCUUUGUGAUAUGUGACCAGUGAAUUGUGUUAUAUUUGUGAUGAGUAAGGAUUACACCGAAUAUCUAUAGAGGAUUAUUUACUUUUAGUCGCCGCGUAAGUUCAGUGCAGGAUAAUUAUUGUUUGGCAACCCAAGCUGGGAAAAUUCUGCUCAAAGAGUGGAUAAGAUGCAGUGUUUGGAGUUGUCGGGCGCCGCGGGGCAGGGACUCGGCGGCGGGGCCCGGACUAGCGCAUGGCGACCCCAAUGAGAUCCAGCUCGCAAGAAGCGGGCCACCGAGCGAGGGUGGCGGACUCCAGGAGCGGGAACGCCACGGCGAAGCCAGACACCGCUACGACGACUACCCAGCCCUCGAACUUCGAAUACGAUGACAACGAGUGGGAUAUAGGCAUCGGGGAUCUGAUCAUCGACUUGGAUGCGGACAUAGAGAAGACCAACGAGGUUGCGACCAUCAGCCAGCAGACGAACACCGUGAUGGCGGCGAAUGCGGGGGGCGGGCCCCAGGCCUCUAAAGCGGCGGCCACCGCCAAGAUGCACAUCGAGCACUCGGCCACCACCGAUAAAGGCCUCAAAAUGAAAAUCAAACGAACCAAACCGGGCACCAAGACGUCGGAAGCGAAACACGAAAUCGUCAAGUCCAACGAACAGAACGGCAGCGUUGACCAGGCGGAAAUGAAGGGGGCUGCGAUGUCCACGGGUAAGCACGCCGUCACCGCCUCCAACGCCGCCUCUCCGGCCUCGGCGUCCUCCAACAGUUCGUCGGGCAACAGCAAGCGCGGUUCGAGCGGUCACCGCAGAGACAAGGCACGGGAUAAGCACGGUUCCUCCUCAUCGUCGUCGUCAUCCUCGUCGUCCUCAUCUUCCUCCUCUUCAUCGUCGUCUUCGACCUCUUCCUCAUCUUCCUCCUCCAACGACAAGCCCAACCCCAACCCCAAGGCGGUCGUCCAACCGAACCCUAACUCCAGUGCUGUGAGUGUGUCCGUGGCCGAGAUGAACGGUAUCAUGCGAGUGAGUGUUCCUCAGUCGGGGCCGCCACGGUCUGUGUUCCCGGCUAGUACUGGUCCCGGACCCCCGCAGGGGGCCGCGUCGGGGCCGUCCCCGGGCCCGCCGCCCAGCCCAGCAGCCGCCACUGCCCAAGGAUCCGCAGCGAAACCGGAACAAGCCAAGGUGGGUGCUUCUACCGCGGUCCAGAUGCAGCCUUCCAUGCCCACAGACGACAGAAGUUCAUCGCCACCACCUGCCAAAAAGCUCAAAAUCGAAAAUAAGGAGUUAUCAGAUGCCUGUGUGGGUACCAGUGUUGGAACUAUAACCGAACCCGACUGCUUAGGACCUUGUGAACCUGGUACCAGCGUGACCCUUGAAGGCAUAGUCUGGCACGAGACUGAAGGAGGAGUUUUGGUGGUUAAUGUGACAUGGAGAGGGAAGACAUAUGUUGGGACCCUACUGGACUGCACAAAACAUGACUGGGCCCCACCUCGAUUCUGUGAUUCACCCACAAGUGACCUGGAUAAUCGUACACCAAAAGGUAGAGGUAAGAGAGGGCGUUCGGCAGCUGCUGCAACACCUAGUACUGAUCUUAGCAACUUCACAGAGACCCGGUCAUCGGUGCACAGCAAAUUAAGGAAUGGAGGGGCAGGAGUGAAGGGCCGCCGAGGAGCCGCCAAUGGAUCAGGACCAUCCACCGCCCCGUCGUCUCCGACACCUUUCGUGCCUCCCAGACCAGAGCCCAGCAACAAGAGAAAAAACCGAGGGGAAGAGGAACCCUCCCAGGCCACCAGUGUUCCCGGAAAGAAAACAAAAGUCGUCAUUCCUCCCCCUUCCCUCCCUGUUCCAACGACUACUACCCCUUGCGGAAGUCCUCCCCCCUCCCCCAUACUGCUGGAGUGCCCGGAGCCUAAUUGUUCUAAAAAGUACAAACAUAUCAAUGGUCUAAAAUAUCAUCAGUCGCAUGCUCACGGUUCAGCAGACGACGAUGAUACAAAAGACGUUACGUCGAUGUCAGAGAAUGACGAGUCUAAUAUCGAAGCUCCUAGUCCUGCUACCCCUAUUAAAUCACCUGACAAGAGCCAGGACAGUCCGAUGACACCACAAAAGAAGGAGACUGAACUUCCACUGUUGUUACGUGGCUCAAACUUGUUAGACGUUCCAAGUCAGCCGGCCACUCCUCGCAGUACACCUCCCUCUCCUGCUACUCCCCAAAGUAUACAGGAAUUACCUCCAGUAGCCAGCUCACCUACUGUGCCUAUAGUCGACUCCAAGAAUGUUGUCAAGCCUGGUGUUCUUCGAUAUACAACCCCUGAAGAGUACUCGGUCGGUGUAUUUUCAGGAAGCAAACCUCAGGUUCAAGGAACACCAUUGACAAAUUCAGGUCCACUUCCAGCAGGGCGUACUGCUCCUGUUGCAAUACCUUCUGCUGAUCAGGCAAACACACAGACUGAAAUCAAUGCUCAGCCACAGUCUUUCUCCAGCCAAUUGCAAUCUCAAGUGAACAUGCCCUCCCAGCAGUUCACUCAGCCUCCAACCAUCAUUAUCCCCAACCAGAAUAAUCCAAGCCACCCCCAGAUGCAGUCACAGAUGUCUCCACACCCCCCACAGUCCCCCAAUCCUGCCUCAAAAAUAACACAGUUCAAAGUGAAGCCUGCCUCCGCUCUUAUGCCUGAUGACAAGAAGCAACAGCAAAACAGUAGCAAUAGCAUCAAAGCGCAGACUUUUAACAAGAAGAAGAACAGGAAGUCUCCAGCUGGCAGUCCACAUCCGCCCCAACAGGAACAACCAAUGUUCGGAAUUGAACAGCCUGGGCGAGAUGAAGUGCAAAGUCCUGCUUACUCUGAUAUUUCAGAUGAUGGUGCUCCGGUAAUGGAUGCCGAAGUAAACGAUAAAAACAAAAAUUCCGAUAAAAAGACUGAAUCAGGACAGACCUUGCCACAUAUGUCGCAGUAUGGUAUGUAUCCUUUCUAUAGCCAGCCGCCGCACCAGUACCUCGUUCCAUCAGUGCAGCAGCAGUCUCAGCAGGAAAAUAAGCCAAAGGAGCCUGAGAAACAAAGUGAGAAAGUAAUAGAGAAAGAUGGUAAGAAAGAUGGAUCUGAAUACCCCCAAAAAGUUUUACAACAACAUUAUUACCCUUACGGUUAUAUGCCAGGAUACCCAUACAAUAUGGACUCCAACUAUGGAGGUGUACCUUUGGUCCAAGAAGACAAGAUGAAGGAAGAGAGAGUGAAGGAAAAUCCCAGUCCCAUUGAGCAAGCUGUGAAGCAGCCGACACCUAUACCUAAUCCAAUUCAAGUACCAACACCUGGGAAGGUAAAAGCUGAAUCAAGCCUCAAAGAUAAACAUCAGAAUGAGAACCAUCUGAUUCUGAAGGAGAGUAUAGAAAUGAAAAAUCAAAUGAAUUCGUAUAUGUAUUCUCGACAGCCCCAACAACAGCAACAGCAGCCUCAACAGCAGCAACACCAUAACCAGAGAGAAGAAGACGUACGAAGGUACUACGUUUAUUCAGAACAGAGGCGAAAGGAGCAGCAGCCUAUACAAGAACAUAAAAGCAGUUCAACGUCAAACAAAAUCCCUCUUCCACAAAGUCCAAAUCUGAAAGCCAAGGAAAUAAAAAUGGAAGAGAAGAAAGAGAAAGAAGUGAAGCAGGAGGGAGUGAAACCAACCAUGGAAACUCAAGGUCCACCGCCACCUCCUACAUCCCAGUACGCUUACAUUCAUCCCAGCUAUAUGCAACAAGCACAUUACGGUGCUCUCCCUUUCGACCCUAACCACCCUAUGUAUAGGGGCAUCAUGGUACCAGGUCCUUACAGUGGUAGUCCUUAUUUACAUGCACCCAUUCAAAGGUACCAUGCACCAGAAGAUUUAUCGAGGGCUCCCCCUCCGACAAAGGCAUUAGAUAUGCUGCAGCACCACGCUCAGUACUAUUCCUCGCAUAAAAUUCAUGAACUCCAAGAGAGAGCAAUAAAAUCCCCUACCCCAAAGACCUCGAUGGCCAGUUCAAGUCCCUCAACAAAUAACAGUGGGCCCCCUCCGGUACAGGCCUCAGCGCAAAUGAGUGCCCCUCCAACUUCCCAGCCCACUAAUACAACUCCUUCUAGUGGGAAACAGACACCUGGAGAGAAUAAAGAAACUCGAUCUCCACCUCCACAGCGGCACGUCCAUACUCACCAUCACACCCAUGUGGGUCUUGGUUAUCCAAUGUAUCCAGCCCCCUAUGGAGCCGCAGUAUUGGCGAGUCAACAGGCAGCAGCUGUGACAGUGAUUAACCCGUACCCAACCAAAUGAGUGCCCAGACUGAAGGAGCAGUGUUGUAGUGACUAAUGCAUUCCAUAGUUGUGUCUUGUUAACUAGUGUGCACCGCUGUUGUAUCCCAUUGACUUUGUUUCUAGAUCCACAGCUGUUUUGCGAUUGCAAUGCAAGCGUGUUGUAAAUGAUUAUUUUCAAUGUAAAUAGUGUAAAGGCAUAAUGUCUUUUAAAGUCAUAAAAUAGUUAAAUACUUUGUAGUAGACUGAUACUUGACCUAUUAGGUACUGUGUAUUUUUUAAUGUAAAUCUGUCUUCUUUUAUUAUUAUAUGAAAAAAUUAAUAAGAUUAGAUAUAACUUUUUAUUUUUAUUAAAUACUCCGUUCCAGUUUUAGUGGAAUGAUGUAUAAUUAUAAACAAUUUUUUUUUACUUAAAACAAUUGCAGUCUGUACAUCUUGUAAUAUUCUGUAAAUAUCACAUGGCAAAUCUCUUUUAUAAAUUUGCAUGGCCCAUUUUAAUUUGUACAUGCAAAGCUUGUGUAUAUUAGGCUAAAUUUUUGUUAUAAUUCUUUUUUUAAAUAAAUGUAUAUUUAUAUUCUAAUCUAUUUUUAAUUUUAUUUACGUUGUGAUAAAAAAUACACCGUUCAAAAUUUUAAUAAGUAACGUUUACAAAUAUUUGUAGAAAAUUACUGCCUGUACAGACUACGAGAGGCUUUACUGUAAAGUUGCUUAAUAAAAAUAAUUGAACCAA